AUGGGGACUCCCAUCUCAACUGGAUGCACUAACGUGCAAGUGACUUUGGUGAUGAAACGGAGACUUAUUCAUGGGUUGUGGGCGAACUCAAAGAAGGCACGUGGACCGCCUUCCAAGAACUUCCAAGAAAAAGUGCCGGACCUCGGUCCUGUUCCCGCGCCAAGCGGCUCGUUGUUUGGAAUUGAUGUGAUUUCCGACACCGCUUGCUUAUCCAGGCUUAGUGUCAGUCCAAAUCUUUGCGCUAACCCAGAACAGAUUAAUUUCCACGUGGAGAGCCUCGCUGGCUGCCUGAGGAUCUGCAGCAGCUGCCGCUUUGUCCCAUCAUUCAGCAUCCCAGUGGUUGGAGUGACGCGGACUAUACUAGAAGGACUUGCAAUUUAUUUCGUGACACCCCUGAACGGUGCACGAGCAAAAUCAGUUAGGGGGUGCGUUAAACUAAUGUCGGCCUGUCAUGUCGAAAAUUCCCCGUGGCGCAAUGCACUUACAGCUGCAUUCAGAUCUUCCAAACUCAUUCUCACCGGGAGAAGUCUAGAACACUGUCUUUUCAAGGCUAUCCCUCGUUAUUCCUCUGUGGGAACGCACACUCAGAGUACUGUGCGAAGAACCCGCAACUUCUGCGAACCCCAAACCCUAUUCCAUAGGUACAGAACUUUGAAGGUGCGCACUGAGGCAUUCACAUCAGGUCACUAUCUCUGCCCACUGCAACUACCGAAGACUGGAUUCACUUUAUCGUUGCUCAAUAACCUGGACGAGCGGAUCCCUGCAUCCUGCAAGAAAGAAUCGAGUGAUAUCCACACCCCGAUUGGACCAGCUUACUAA